CAAUCAGUUGCUUCCAAAUAUUUGGAGCUUUAUAUAAUUUGCUAUAUUCCCUUUUUUUCCUAUAACUAGUCAUUUCAAGCAACCCUACUUCUUUCCAUCUAUAAAAGUGGACUAUUGAGCUGUGGCAUUUUUGUAUAGUUUUAGAUUUUAGGUUCUACAUAAUUGGACAUGGAGACAAAAAGUGACAAUUUUAAAGAUGGAGAGGAAGAAAAGGGGUAUUACUGUAGUUUUAGAUCAGGUGAAUCUGUGGAAGAAGAUAAUGAAGAAGAAAUUAAGAGGAAAAUUUCUUGCCACUCUUUGUAUGAUCUUUUGGUUGAGACUCACUUGGACUGUUUGAAGCAGGUUUGUUUGGGCAUCAGCGAGACUGAAAUUGAAAAAGCUGAAGCAAAGUUGUCAAAGUAUAAGAAACCUAUCACACGCACAAUGGAUCAAGCAGAAUUGAACAAUAAGUUCAGCUCACUCACAAUGGAUCAACCUGCUGAACUGGACAACUUCAUGGAAGCAUAUUGUGUGGCUCUGAGCAAGCUAAAAGAAGCAAUGGAGGAACCUCACUUUGAGUCCCUAAAGUUCAUCAAUCAUAUGUAUUCUCAGCUCAGUGAACUCGUGGAACUUCCUUCUUCUGCUUCCACCACAUCUUUUGGAGAGGGGAUGAAAGCCCAUGGUGACAAAUGAGAUGGUAGCAGAAGGAAGCUGAUAGAGCCAAGAUUCUAUAAGCUCACAAUUUAGCAUCUUUUAAUUAUUUAAGUUACUAAACCUAUAUUAAGUAAUGUAUGUAUGGUGGAAUUUUCUUUGUUGUAUAUGUAUGCUUUCUUUUUUGAUGUAGCACAUCAUGUUAAGGAUGAGGACUGCCAACAGCUGGUCGAAUGGUUUCUGAUAUGAUCAAGAUACGAAAGGCUUGUUGAGUAAAA